AUGGGAACCAUAUUAGGAUUUCCGCGCAUGGGGCAACGGCGGGAAUUAAAAAGGAUGCUUGAAUCGUAUUGGAAAAACGAGAUAGAUGCACAGAGUCUUAUGCAAGAGAGUAGUGCAUUACGGCAAAAGCAUGUAUCCUUGCUUAUCGAUUCAGGGCUAAGUGAAAUACCUGUUAACGAUUUUUCAUUGUACGACCAUGUUCUAGAUAGCAUAGUGGGUUUUGGAGCCAUCCCCCCACGCUAUAAGCCACUACAAGACGACUUUAUCCGUCUUUAUUUUGCUAUGGCACGAGGAGAAAGAGGGGCAAAUCACAAUACCAAGGCGAUGGAGAUGAGUAAGUGGUUUGAUACAAAUUAUCACUAUAUAAUUCCAGAAUUUACCCGUGAUACACUAUUUGAUCCAACGCUUAUGAUACAGAAGCUACGGCACAGCAUUGAAGAGGCAGCGCAGAUUAUCAAAGAAAAAGGGGCGACCACAAAGAUACGACCAGUAUUGCUUGGUCCUAUCUCCUUUUUACUAUUAGGAAAAAGCAGUGAUGGUAGCAAGGUCCUUGAUCUGCUCCCUCGUCUGCUAGAGGCGUAUUGUUCUAUAGCAGAGUUUUGCACCGAAAAGGGUAUUGCAACAGUGCAAUUCGAUGAGCCAUACCUUGUGUAUACUCUAAGUAAAGAAUUGCAAGAAGCGUACAAAACCGCAUACAAAACCGUAAAAGAUGCAUAUAAGGGAAUCGAGAUAUUCUUAGCGAGCUACUUCGACGAUCUUGCAAUAAAUGCAGACCUUGUUACCGAACUUGCAGUUGAUAUUAUCCACAUAGACCUGCAACGCUCUUCCUUUGAAACAGCAGAAUACAUUGCGAAACGCUGUAAAGCUAUAUCACUUGGUGUUAUUGAUGGGAGAAAUAUAUGGAAAGCUCACAUUUCCUCCUUACUUUCUACGCUCAAUGCAUUUCUUUCAGAGCACUCAUUGCAGAGAUGCUACAUAGGCUCCUCAUGCUCCCUGCUUCAUUGCCCAUUUGAUGUGCGAGGCGAGACAGAGCUAGAUGCAGAAAUAGCCGAGUGGCUUUCAUUUUCAUUACAGAAAGUAGAAGAAAUACAACUCCUUACAUCUGCUCUAAGCAAAGGCGCGGAAUCAGUAGCAACAUCCAUUGCUCAGUAUGAUGAAGCUAUGCAGCGGAGAGAACGUAGCACGCAGGUGCAUAGAGCGGAGGUAAAGAAGAGAGUAUCAGAAAUAGAUGAAGCUAUGAUGAAAAGGAAAAGCCCCUAUUCUGAACGAAAAGAAACGCAAAAGCAGCGUUUACAACUCCCUCUCUUUCCUACCACAACUAUUGGGAGUUACCCCCAAACAGCAGAGAUACGAAAGAUUCGUGCUGCUUUUAAGAAGCAGAGUAUUUCGUAUCAAGAGUAUCAAGACAGCAUGCGAGAGGAGAUACGCAAAGUGGUGGAUUUCCAAGAAGAAGUGGGGCUGGAUGUACUAGUGCACGGGGAGCCCGAGCGCAAUGACAUGGUGGAAUAUUUUGGGGAGCGCUUCGAUGGUUUUGUAUCGACCAGCAAUGGUUGGGUACAGAGUUAUGGCAGUCGAUGCGUAAAACCACCUAUCAUUUAUGGUGACCUACAGCGUAAAACUUCAAUAACAAAGGAAUGGAUAUCCUUUGCUCAAUCGCUAACAAAAAAACCAAUGAAAGGUAUGUUAACGGGCCCAGUAACCAUUCUACAAUGGUCGUUUGUAAGAAAUGAUAUUCCAAGGUCCGAAACCGCAUUUCAAAUUGCCCUGCUUGUACGCGAUGAAAUAGAAGAUUUAGAGAAGGAAGGAAUAGGAAUUAUACAGGUAGACGAACCAGCUCUACGUGAAGGCCUUCCCCUCCAAUCUGAAAAGCACUCAGAGUACUUAGACUGGGCGGUAAAAAGUUUUAGGGUAGCGAGUUCUGGUGUGGAAGAUACAACCCAAAUCCAUACUCAUAUGUGCUAUUCCGAAUUCAAUGAAAUUAUGCGCACUAUUAUAGACUUAGAUGCCGAUGUUAUUUCAAUAGAAGCAUCGCGAAGUGAUAUGGAAUUACUAGAGGCGUUUAAGGAGCAUAGCUACCCAAACGAGAUAGGACCUGGAAUAUACGAUAUACACUCACCGCGCAUACCAUCAACAGAAGAAAUGAUAGAAUUGUUACAACUAGCAAGGAAGUACAUUAACGAUGAGCAACUCUGGGUAAACCCAGAUUGUGGGCUAAAAACUCGGCAAUGGGAAGAAGUAUCUUUGGCGUUAAGAAACAUGGUAAGUGCUGCUCAUUUCCUUAGAACAAGAAAAUAG